AUGGAGUCCGGCGAUGUUUCCAAGAUGACUGCGUUUCUCCUGAAGCUGCUUUUCAGAGGUGAUCUCACGUCCAGAGGAACCAUGAGAGGGUUUAAUAGAUGGUCACUUCUGAUCCUCAUGUUUUCCGCCUGGAGGCCUGUGAGCGCCGGUUCCCUGACAGAUUUGGAGUUUGAGCGGAGUCCUGCCACUGUAGUCUCCUCGCUGGGCAAACCCGUCAGGAUGCACUGCACCCUGAAGGGUGCGGGGGGCGAGGAGGAGGACCCGCCUGAUGUGCUGUGGCUGAGAGAUGGUGUUCCACUUCAGUACGCAGACACCAACCAGUUCCAAGGUCACACUGGCGGCAACAGUUGGACGAUAAAGAGCACGCUGAGUAUCGAGAAGGUGCAGCUUCCUGACAUGGGCUCCUACAGAUGUGCAGUUCUGUCGCAACAUCUGCAGGUUUUUUCAGAGGAGGGGAGCAUCCAGCUGGAGGGCCUUCCUCAUUUCUCCGUGGAGCCCCAGCCCAUGUCUGUCGUGGCAAACGUAUCCCUGAGCCUGAGCUGUGUGGCCCACGGACCUCCAGAGCCAGUCAGGGUCAUCUGGCUGCAGGACGGGGCUCCUCUCAACUCCCUGACGGACCCGGUGGCCCUGUCGCCCUCCACACUCAACCUCACAGGUUUGAACCGGACCAGCACCUUCUCCUGUGAAGCUCAUAACCGCAAAGGUGUGGCCACGUCUGGAUCCGGCACCAUCACUGUUCUUCCACUGCAGCCUCAGAACCUCAGAGCGGUGGAGGUCACUCAGACCAGUCUGCGUUUAUCGUGGCAGCCGGGUUUUGGAGGCGACUACCCGAUAAUCCGCUGCUCCAUUCAGGCCAGGCAGUUGGGAGAGACGCUUGCCGAGGGCCCAGAAAAGAUGAUCCACAACCAGAAUGUGAACAUCCCACCCUCCACCCACCUCAUCGGGGACCUGGAGCCCCACAGCCUCUACACUGUGAGGGUGGCCUGUCACAGCAGCCAGGGCCCGUCGGCCUGGUCGCCCUGGGUGGAGCUGCGCACCAGAGAAGGAGUUCCAGAAAACCCACCUGUGAACGUGACCGUGGCACUGAAUGGGACAGAGGUCCUGAUGGCAUGGGAGGGGCCUCCCGGGAAGCUGAAUGGAGAACUACAGGGUUACAUGGUGGAGUACAGCACGCCAGUCACUCAGCAGUUUGUCAUGGACACUGGAUUAGACACUGAGCUGUCAAUCAACCUGUCUGUCCCCCUUUCCAAUGUGUCUUUUCGAGUGUGUGCCUACACGGGUGCCGGACAGGGACCCUGGACCCCGAUGCAGACUGUGACGCUCAUUGCACCUGAGAUGGAGGAGUUUAGAGGUCCGUCGUCGCCCCCGGCCUUUUCCUGGCACUGGUGGUACGUGGUUAUGGCCAUUGCCGGCGCCGUGUCCAUCGCUGUGCUCAUGGCUGUUUACGUGGCCAAGCUGCGCCGCAAGGAGACGCGCUUUGGAGAGGCCUUUGAACCCAUGAUGGAGAGCGGGGAGCUGGUGGUCAGGUACCGUGCUCGCCGCACUUACAGCCGCAGGACAACAGAAGCAACAUUGAACAGUCUGGGCAUCAGCGACGAGCUGAAGCAGAAGCUCCAGGAUGUGAUGGUGGACAGACAUAAACUGACCCUGGGAAAGACGCUUGGAGAAGGGGAGUUCGGGUCGGUGAUGGAGGGGCUGCUGACUCAGGAGGAGGCUGCGCUCAAAGUCGCAGUCAAGACGAUGAAGAUCGCCAUCUGUACCCGCUCAGAGAUGGAGGAUUUUCUGCGUGAGGCCGCCUGCAUGAAAGAGUUUGACCACCCCAACGUCAUGAGGCUCCUGGGUGUUUGUCUGCAGACUGUGGAGAGUGAAGGUUACCCCUCCCCCGUGGUCAUCCUGCCCUACAUGAAACAUGGAGACCUGCACAGCUAUCUGCUCUACUCACGGCUCGGAGACUUUCCAGUGUACCUCCCCUCUCAGAUGCUAGUGAAGUUUAUGACCGACAUUGCCCGAGGGAUGGAAUACCUCAGCAGCAAGAACUUCAUCCACAGAGACCUCGCCGCUCGUAACUGCAUGCUCAAUGAGAAUAUGAACGUGUGUGUGGCCGACUUCGGCCUCUCAAAGAAGAUCUACAACGGAGACUACUACAGGCAGGGGCGGAUCUCGAAGAUGCCCGUCAAAUGGAUCGCCAUCGAAAGCUUGGCUGACCGCGUCUACACCACGAAGAGCGACGUGUGGUCAUUUGGAGUCACCAUGUGGGAGAUCGCCACACGGGGCCAGACUCCGUACCCCGGGGUAGAAAACAGCGAGAUUUAUGAUUACCUGAGACAAGGGAACCGUCUCAAACAGCCUCCAGACUGUCUGGACUGCAUCUACGCCUUCAUGUUCUCCUGCUGGCUUCUGAGUCCUAAGGACCGCCCCUCGUUUGAGGCCCUGCGCUGUGAGCUGGAAAAAGCCCUUGAUGAUCUGCCGGACCCCCAAGACCCCGACGAGAUCCUGUAUGUCAACAUGGACGAGUCCUCCAUGGAGCUCGGGGCGGUCGGCGGUCGUGACCCACUUGUGAUGCCGUCCCCUCUCUGCCUGAAGGGCCUGGACUCUGUGACCACGGUGGAGGUCCACCAACCCAAUCGCUAUGUCCUCUGUCCCCAGCACGAGACCAACCGAGCCUUGUCUGAUUCCCUGGAGAGCCUGGACAUGCCGGUGGCGUCUUCCACAGCCACACUGCCUCUACAGCCGUCCUGCCACUCCACGCCCAACCCCACCCCGGCUCCAACGCCAACUGUUGAGCUGCUGGAUGACAGAGAAGGGUCCAGAAAAGUGCCCUGGCAGUGAUAGAUUCACUCUCAAACAGUGACUGGUCACGGCCAUGGUGUGCCGUCCUUUCUCCCCUGUCCAAGAACUAGAUCCAGCCUCUUGCUACUGACUAAGAAACGUUACGUGCCCUCACACACAUCUUCAUAUUUUGCACACACACAAAGCCGGAGACAUUCCAGGGAAAUGAAGGAUCGGGAUUAUUUCCUUUGUCAACUCCUCUCUUGUAAAAUAAGCAUAAUUCCAAGUGUCAGAUGAUCAGUUCCCAACAACAGAGAGUGAACCAGUUUUGUUGCCCCUGCACACUGCAGCACAAUCAGAGAAACUAACUCCCAGUCGCUACAGCAAUAAAACAGCAUACCUGCACAACUACCUGCACACAGUGAAGCUAAAAAAAAAAUCAAACGUCUCUGUGAAACCAGCUCGUCACUGCCAGACCGAACCUGCAACUCAACAAACUCAGGAGCUUCAACUUUCCAGAGGGAAAACACAAACAUGGAGCAGAGUCUCUUUCACUGAAGGCAACUGUCGGCUUUAAGCUUAUACUGAAGAACAGCAUCAAGAUUUAUUGGCUCACACUAAAGUACAGAGUCACAGCUUCUUUUGUUCAGCCAAAAUGAAAUAUGAUUUUUUUUCCAUCACAUGAAGAUUCAAGUGAAAACCAAAAUUUGCAGAGAAAAUGAGACUCCGCUCUGGAUUUUCUGAGCUUUUAGGUGAAGCUGUACCUUCCGUGGUUUGUGUCACAGCCCGAUGUAGCGCUCUAACAAACCCCUGCAACUUCUUGAUGGGGUUUUACUGCUGGUUGUGCAUUAUGCAUUAAAAUGUGAGACAUUUAUCGUCCACACAAGGCGACUUGUUCACCGCUGAGUCAACUAUGUCUUUGUCGUAACUCAGGAAGCUGAGACGUUUGCUCCACAGGGACACAGGUACGAGUCAAAUCAAGAGGGUACGGAUGGACACUAAAGGGACUGAGGGAAGGUAUGGAAAUGAUGGAUACACCCGAGGCAAAUGGCAGGAGAAGCUCCUCACAUUUGCUUUUGGCACAAGCACAGUGUUAUUUUACACAUUUUGUAUUUUUUUUUAUGCUGAUGUUUGUUUUUUCUACAACUUUGCACUAAUGUUUUUAUAUAGACGUAUGUUUAUAAUUUGUAUAUCUUUAAGCUUUUUUAUGUUAAUGACUUUCUGUAUAUUCUCAGUCCACAUGUAACAACUCGUAUAUUCCUGAAGGCAGAGAACAAGGCCUGUGAAAGUGUCGCACUCCACCUGUCGGAGUGUUUUCUGUAAAUGAGCACAGACUGGGAAACACGACUAACCUCGUCAUCUGACAUCAUCCUGCCACUCUUUUAUUCGGGUAUAUACAGACUUUUGUUUUUGCGAGGUUUGGCACUGUAAAUAGACAGAGACAGUUACCAGACAGAGUCGAAGAGGAGGAGGAGACAGAGAGCAGCAGCUGAAAACUGAAUGUACGUGAAGAUCAUCCUGACUCUGCGUUCUGAGGACGCUCAGCUGCAACUUGGCAUCAUGCAUGCACUUAUUUUUAUAUACGCUUUAGUUCAUUAUUCUGUCGUCAGAAGGAACUUGACCAUGUGCCAACAUGUUUUUGGAGAAUGACAUUUGUUUGAAUGAGGCGCUGUGUUUCUCAGCUGUAACGGUACUUAUAUAUCAGACGGUAUACAGUUAUAAAUGUAGCAUUACUGAAAUCCUUGUUGGAAGAAAGUGUACAUUUCUUUCAACACCUUUGGUGCUGUAAGCUCAGAGUGGGAUCGUCCAACAUUGUUUGUGAACCACAGACAGUGAUGCUGAGACUAAGGUACUGGUGUAAUCUGGUCUCUUAAUAUUUCACCGGUUUUAAUGGUUUUAUGCAGAGGCUCCGACCACUGUGUUAAAAACUGUUUGCUCUUUAAAGUCUCUCCCCAGUAGUUUAUUACACCUCCUAAAACAUUUCCAUAAUGGCCUUAAUAUGUUUGAAAUGCAACUCUCCACCCUCCUUUCUCAUUUUGUUACUGGGUUCUAUAAAUAUGUUAAUAUGGCCCCACCCCUGAUCCCUGCCUACCCACCGUCACAGCGCCACCUGCAGCUACUGACUCCAAACGCAAGUUGACAGGAUUGUUUUUUUUAGGUUUGAAUCUGUUUGAAUUUGUUAGUGUUAGGGCACAGUCACACAUAAGCAAAUGUUGCCUGUCAAAGAUCAACUGAUGAGCUGCACGCUACACAUUUGCUUUGCCACAGGAAGCAAAUUAAAUAUUCUCCUGUGGGAAAGUGAUUCCAAAGCUCACACAGGUUGGAAGUGAACGGAAGGCAAACGUUUGCCACUGCUGCAUUCACGUAUGUGUGACCGUGCUCUAUGGGGUUAAAUAAACCAGUUUGCUUCUUGUGGCAUAACAAAUCCGCAGCAUGGCUUUCCAUGGAGUUCAACUGGUGAACUUAGAAUAAUGACGUUAACCAAUAGCAACAGCAUUUGUGUCUGAAGACUGUCAUCUAGGUCUUGGUAUCUUCAGGAGUUGUACAAUAGUUCAUUGGCAACUGGUCCAAAAGGCUUCUCCACUUAUGAGAAUUGUAUUCAGUUGCCUAAGUUGUACAACUCAAGACGUUUGCAUGGUUGACCCAGUUGGGGGUGAUGGAUGGAGGAGAUGCAGAUAUAAACUGCAUCGAAUGAGCCAUUACUUUAUGUCGUACAUGAAAAUUAACAAUUGGCCUCUUAAAGAGAAGGUCUCUCGCAUGUUGUGAGUCGAGAGACCGCUAAAUGUAUUCUGCAUCAACCACAGAGCACACAACUGAUUUCCACUUGCGUCACAUUCCACACCGUUGACAUCCAGGAAGCGAUAUUUGCCUGCAUUUGCUUAUGUGUGACCGAAGGUUGAACUACUCAGCCAUGACUGUAUAUUUCACUCAAAAUAUGUCUUAUUAUUUAAAAAUCACAAGGACAUGUUAACACAUUUAAAAACUUUAAAAGGAUUUUGACCAGAUGACAAAAAGAAAAACGAUCUUCCACAGCAGAUAAACGAAAAAUAUAAACCUUCAAGCAUUAAAUCUCAGAAUUGAACUUAACCAAGUGCCUUCAGAAAGCCAGUAUUUUGCACCACAUUAGACUUGUGUGGAUUGUGAUUCUCCUGGUGUGUUGAAUUAGGGGAAGACUGUACUAUAACUGCCUUUAUAUCAUCACUGUCAUGAUUUGUAAACAGAUUUUUUAUACAGUGCUAUAUAGUAUUUUGCAUAUGAAAUAAAAGUGUUCAUUCAUGAA